AAGAGUGUAUUUCCAGAGUCAGAGGCUACUGAAGAGAAAGGAGAAGGAGAUGGAAGAGAAGGACCCAGAAGGCCCUAGACCUGGCAAGACAUCAAGGAAGGGUCCCCAUCCCAUCCAGGCAGGAAGUGGUGCUGGAUUUUGGGAAAGAACUGUGCCAGAGAUCUUGGCUGAGGGCACUGUGACCGCAGAUGUUCGCAGCCGAUGCUUCCGGCAGUUCUGUUACCAGGAGGCUGAUGGGCCCCGAGAGGUUUGCAGCCGGCUCCAUGGACUUUGUAACCAGUGGCUGGAGCCAGAGAAGCACACCAAGAAGCAGAUCUUGGACCUGGUGAUCCUGGAGCAGUUUCUGGCCAUCCUGCCCCAGGAAGUGCAGGGCUGGGUCAGAGGAUGUGGGCCAGAGACCAGUUCCCAGGCAGUGGCCCUGGUUGAAGGUUUCCUCCUGAGUCAGGCAGAGGAGAAGAGACAGGCACAGCAGGUGUGGGGAGGAUCUGUGAAGGAGGAAGCAAAGUUCUCUGAGGCAGAAGGAACUCUGUCAAAGGAUGGUCAGAGGCUGCAGGCUCAGGAGCAUGUCCAAGAUGCCCCGUCAAGUGGCAGUGAAGAGACCUUAUUGAACCAUUUUAGUUGCGGAGAAGUGGAAAUGGCUGCUCAGCCUCUCGUCCAGUCUCCAUUUUCCUUUGAGGAGGUGGCCGUGUAUUUCACUGAGACGGAGUGGGCCCUGCUGGAUCUGGGCCAAAAAGCUCUCUACAAGGAAGUGAUGCUGGAGAACUAUGGGAGUGUGGCCUUUUUGGUUUGUGCUCUGCUGGCCUGUACCAAGAAUUCUCUUGGAUUAAGAAUUCCUGACGCCACUCUCUUCCAGAUUCAAGUCUUCUCCCACCCCUUUCCUUGCCGUUCAUUCCUACUUAGAGACCUGACCUUCCACAGAGACGCAAUUACACCCCAUAUGUUGCUGCAGUUCAAGUAUGGGGACUAA